CGUGGCCCGCGGUGGUCUGGAGUUGGCUGGGGCCGCUGUCCCCAGGUUGAGACUCGCCCAAUUACGGGUGGGACUCGGGCAUGCCCCGUGCGCCGCCGCUCCUCAGCCCGCGACGGGGAAAGGCAUUGACCAGCGCUACUUGGAUGAAUUUGGCCAUCUCUUAGAAAUGAAUGUUAAGUUUCUAUAAAUGAAUAAAGCAGUUCUUGCUUGUUUGGAGCAAUGCUGAAAUUCCAAGAAGCUGCUAAGUGUGUGAAUGGAUCAACAGCUGUUUCCACUUAUCCAGAGACCUUGGUAGCAAGAAGAUAUGUGCUUCAACAGAAACUUGGCAGUGGAAGUUUUGGAACUGUCUAUCUGGUUUCUGACAAGAAAGCCAAACAAGGAGAGGAACUAAAAGUACUGAAGGAAAUCUCUGUUGGACAACUAAAUCCAAAUGAGACUGUGCAGGCCAAUUUGGAAGCCCAGCUACUCUCCAAAUUGGACCACCCAACUAUUGUCAAGUUCCAUGCAAGCUUUGUGGAGCAAGAUAAUUUCUGCAUUAUUACAGAGUACUGUGAGGGUCGAGAUCUGGACUGUAAAAUUCAGGAAUAUAAAGAAGCUGGAAAAAUCUUUCCAGAAAAUCAAAUAAUAGAAUGGUUUAUCCAGCUGCUCCUGGGAGUUGACUACAUGCAUGAAAGAAGGAUACUUCAUCGAGACUUGAAGUCAAAGAAUAUAUUUCUGAAAAGCAAUCUACUUAAAAUUGGGGAUUUUGGAGUUUCUCGACUCCUAAUGGGAUCCUGCGACCUGGCCACAACUUUAACCGGAACUCCCCAUUACAUGAGUCCUGAGGCUCUGAAACACCAAGGAUAUGACACGAAGUCGGACAUCUGGUCGCUGGCAUGCAUUUUAUAUGAGAUGUGCUGCAUGAAUCAUGCAUUCACUGGCUCCAGUUUCUUGUCCAUUGUUUUAAAAAUUGUUGAAGGCGACACACCUUCUCUCCCAGAGAGAUAUCCAAGAGAACUAAAUGCCAUUAUGGAAAGCAUGUUGAACAAGAGUCCUUCAUUGAGACCAUCUGCUCUUGAAAUUUUAAAAAUUCCUUACAUUGAUGAACAGCUACAGCACCUGAUGUGUAGAUACUCAGAAAUGACUCUGGAAGAUAAGAAUUUGAAUUGUCAGAAGGAGUCCGCUCAUAUAAUUAAUGCCAUGCGAAAAAAGAUCCACCUACACACUCUGAGGGUGCUGUCUGAAGUGCAGAAAAUGACGCCAAGAGAAAGGAUGCGGCUGAGGAAACUCCAGGCGUCUGAUGAGAAAGCAAAGAAGCUGAAAAAGAUUGUGGAAGAAAAAUAUGAAGAGAAUAACAAACGAAUGCAAGAAUUGAGAUCUCGGAACUUUCAGCAGCUGAGUGUUGAUGUACUCCAUGAAUUCAAUGAACCAACUUCAGAGAACCUGCCUGAGUCUCAGCCUAUUCCUUUCCUGAACCUCGGUGAACUUGAGUCAAGUGUAGAGGACACUACAGCUGACCUUGGACAUCAUGAGAUCCCAGAAGACCCACUUGUGGCUGAAGAGUAUUAUGCUGAUGUGUUUGAUUCCUGUUCUGAAGACAGUGAGGAGGAGAAAGAAGGAAUAGAGUUCUCAGCAUCAGAGGGAGAGGUCAAGGAUGAAGGACCCCAGCCUCCUUACAGGACAAACCAACAGGACAGUGAUAUUGAAGCUUUGGCCAGGUGUUUGGAAAAUGUUCUGGGUUGUACCUCUCUAGACACAAGGACCAUCACCAGUGCAGCCACAGACAUGUCUCCAGGACCAACAGUUUUCAACAGUGUGGUGGCUGGGACCAAGCUGAAACGCAUGAGGGAGCAGAAACUGAGAGAGAAAGAACCUAGGCCAGCAGCAAACACUGUCAGGCUUGGAUCAGAGAGAUCAGCCAUACAGAAGCUGGGGACAGAAGUAUUUGAAGAGGUCUAUAAUUACCUCAAGAGAGCAAGGCAUCAGAAUGCCAGCGAAUUGGAGAUCCGGGAGUGUCUGGAAACAGUGGUGCCUCGGGCCAGCGACUGUUUUGAAGUGGACCAGCUCCUCUACUUUGAGGAGCAGUUGCUGAUCACAAUGGGAACAGGGCCGACUCUCCAGAACCAUCACUAAGCAACUGUCAAAAACAAGCAGAAGUUCAAGUUCUGUGAAAAUCCAUUAAACAUAUAAGCUGGACUUCGUUAAAGGAAAUGAGCACAAAACUGGAGCUACCAUCUUUACUUUCAAUUCCUUGUCCGAAGUAAUGACCCCUGGAGAGAGUAGUAAAGAGAGCUGCCUGUACUCAGAGUCCUAAGUGUUGUUUGGACUAUACCCUGACAUAAGCUUAUAUUAAUAGAUCAAAUUUGGGUUCUUGGAAAGCAUUUCCCUCAUGUGAACCCUCAGGGCUUCCAGCAGGGUUGAACCACCCUGGCAAUGGUCUGGGAGAAGCCAUGUGCUCUUUAUCAUUUUUAAUUGGAGGACAGAGCUCAGUGCCCAUCUGGGGUCUCUGUGGACUGUGGGCGGGCUGCUUGUGAAGGUCGCUGGACGCUAGCCUCUAGCAUGCUGAGCUGCAGCCCAGGAGUCAGACAUGCCUGUCUCAGGUGGCACUUUUUGGUCCACUUUUGCCCCUGGAUUAAAAAUCCAAAACAUUACUCUCUUCUGUGAUUUUUUUCCAAGCUCAUCAAUAGAUCAUUGAAGUCUUUUAUUCAUAAUAAAUAUAUUUAUAAUGAUCACAUAAUAAAUCGUCUAUUUUAUCUUUU